AUGGUGACGAAAGGGAACCCGAGAGAUAAUAGAAAUAACAAAGGUCCAAUGUCGAUUUUCAUUGUAUUUGCUUUGUGUGGUUUCUUCUAUAUAUUAGGUUUGUGGCAAAGGAGUGGUUUUGGAAGAGGAGACAACAUUGCUGUUGAGACUACUAAACAUACAAAUUGUAGUGUUCUUUCCGAUCUAAACUAUGAGACUCACCAUGAUGGUGAGGCUGGAACGGAUGAUGAUCCAAAUGAACAAGUCAAGGAGUUUAAGCCUUGCGAUGAUCGCUUCAUUGAUUACACGCCUUGCCAUGAUCAAGCAAGGGCGAUGAUGUUUCCACGAGAGAAUAUGAAUUAUAGAGAAAGGCACUGUCCUCCUGAAGAAGAGAAAUUGCAUUGUCUCAUAGCUGCUCCUAAAGGGUAUGCAACAUCGUUUCCUUGGCCUAAGAGUCACGAUUACAUCCUAUAUGCAAACGCGCCUUACAAGAGCCUCACAGUUGAGAAGGCUAUGCAGAAUUGGAUACAUUAUGAAGGGAAUGUUUUCAGGUUUCCUGGUGGGGGAACUCAAUUUCCUCAGGGUCUGAUGCUUACAUUAAUCAACUUGCAGCUGUUAUUCCAUUGGAUAAUGGGAUGGUUAGAACUGCAUUAG